AGCUAUGACUGGAGCGACGAAAGUAGAGUUGAAACCUAGGAAGAAUAGAGCUGUACCUGAACGCACUGGUCAUGUUUCAGUUUUGGCAGAUAAAUACAUGAUAGUGUGGGGAGGAUAUAACGAUGAUUUUGAUCCGUAUCAUCUAGCAUAUCUUCCACCGAGUGAACUGUGGAUCUAUGAUACAGAAUUUCAAGUAUGGUUUUUAAGCAAAAGUAGAGAUGUUCACCCUAUAGCUGCCUCUGGAUGUUCUGCUUGUGCCCAGGAUGACUCUAUGUAUGUUUUUGGAGGACAUGCAAGCCAUGGUUACCUCAAUACUCUAUAUAAACUUAACCUAAAUACCUUACAAUGGGAGGGUGUAUUUCCUGUUUCCACUAGUCCUUCACCAAGCCCACGGGACAAAGCAGUGUCAUGGUUCUAUGAGAAAAAGUUUUAUACUUUUGGUGGAUACGGAAUAAUUGAUUACUCCAGAGACAGUAUGUAUUUGGAAGAAUGCAGGUCAUUUUUCCAAGAUGAAACAUCUGAACAUAGAGGUUGGAACAAUCAAUUGUGCACAUUUGACUUUAACACAAUGAAAUGGAGUCUAGCAGAGCACAAGGGACAAAAGCCCUCUGCAAGGGCAGCCUCUUCUGCUGUAAGGUUUGGCAGUAAGGUAUUUAUUUUUGGUGGAAGACAUCGGAAUCUGCGACUGAAUGACUUACACUGUCUGGAUCUGGAUACAACAACCUGGAGUGGCUGUCUAUGUGUGAGCAGUGAACAGCCUGAGGGGAGAUCUUGGCAUUCUGCCGAUGCAUUGUCUAGUACUCAGAUGUUUGUAUACGGAGGCUUCAACACCAACUGCAUACCUCUCAGUGAUGCUUGGAUACUAGACAUAACAUCACUACAAUGGACACAUCUUUCACAGUUUCCAACCAAUCAGCCACGACUUUGGCACACUGCAUGUGUUACACAGGACAAGGAAGUGAUUGUCUUUGGGGGAUGUGGAAAUAAUAUUCUAGAUGAUGAGGAAGAGAGUCAAGUGGACCACAGAAAUGAUAUUCUGUAUUUCCAGCUGUAUCCUUGUACACUUAAAAGAAUUUGUUUGGACUAUGUGUACAGACAUCGCACUCGUCUAGGAAGUGAGUGGAACACAUUACCACGGCAGUUCUCUGAUUGGUUACGGAGGAAAGAGGACCUUGACAUUCAUAUAUUAAUGUCCUCUGACUCGAGUUCAGAAUCAGACUCGGACAAUGAUUACACUAACCAAUCAGGACAAACCUGUGCUGUGUCGUAGUCUACAAAGCUCUGUAUCAGGAUGUAACUUAGAUAUCAGAUGGCAGAUGAUAAACAAACCAAUUGUGAUAAAUGCCUGAUUUGUAAAAAGAUUCCAAUAGCUAAGGCUUUAGGACUUAUGAUGAAUCUGGAAUAAGAAGCAGUUAAUUAAAUUGUUUUCUUAAGAUAUCUCUUCAUUGAUGCAUAAUAUUCAGUCAAAAUUGUGAGAAUGUUUGUUCACUUAAUUUAAUUUAUUUAAUUUUAUAUGUAUUUAAUAAAUAGUCUCAAUGGU